UACCGUAGUAACCGUGUUUCUUGUGGGUAGCCAUGGAUAUGCAGGGCAAAUGAAAGCACAAUAAGUAAUCCUCAAAUUUUCACUUCUUUCCAUCCCAGUGGAUUAGUUAUAUUCUUCAAAUUAACCAAUGGAGAUAAGCGGGGAAGCGGACUCUGACAAGGCCAUUGUAGACGUUGUAACGCGUCGUAUUUGUGAAAAGCUUGAAAUGCUUAUAUCAUAUGUACCCUGUCCUAGUUGCGUUUUCAAAGUGCCUAAUCAUCUACGAAGCGUUAAUGAUGAUCCAUAUGAACCGCAGAUUGUUGCAAUUGGUCCUCUUCACCACGGUAAACCUCAUUUAAUUGCCAUGGAAGAGCACAAACUACGAUAUCUGCGAAGCUUCCUUCUUCGAAGUGAUGAGAGUGUGUCAAGGUAUGUCCAAAUCAUACUAGAUUUGGAGGUAAAUGCUCGUAAUAGCUAUGCAGAACCUGUCUCACAUACCACAGAAAAUUUUGUAGAAAUGAUGCUUCUUGAUGGCUGCUUUAUUAUUGAGUUUCUAUGCAGAAUGUAUAGAUUUGAUCCAAUAGAUCGAAUAGACGUUAUUAUAGGGUCGAAUCAUAUGUUGAAUAGAUUAAUGGUGGACCUGUUGUUACUUGAAAACCAACUUCCAUUAUUCAUACUGAAGUUGCUCGUCCCAAACAUCACAGAAGUGGAAUUCAUUCGGAUUAUUUUUAAUGUCUUUGGGCCUUUUCUUCCACGGCGAAUGCAUGCGCCGAUAGACAAUCUGGCAACGUUCAUGAAUCUACUGGGAUUCUUCCAUAACAUCUGGCAACCUUCCGAUGCAAGAGGAGUGAGUGAUGCUUUGGAAAAUGGUGGAAGGAAAAAAAGAUUUAUAGGCUGUGCCACAGAUCUCACAGAGGCAGGGAUUAAGUUCAAGAGUCUUGUGGAUGCUAAUAACUUGUUUGAUAUAAAGUUUAAAAAUGGAAUAAUUGAAAUCCCAGAAAUACGAAUCGGAGAUGAAACAGAGCGUCUCUGGCGAAAUCUCAUUGCCUACGAGCAGUUAACCUCUUCCCGAGGUCCACAAUACUUCUCUAAUUAUAUUGCUUUCAUGGAUGACGUCAUCGAUUCUGCAAAGGAUGUGGAGAUACUUCGUAGCCGGGGGAUCAUUGUGAACAGGAAGGUUGACGAUGAAACCAUUGCAAUUUUAUUCAAUAAGAUUGGGAAAAAUGUCUUCUGCGACAGAGCUCUCUAUGCUGAUAUAGUGGAAGAUGUAGACAAGCAUUGCGAAGACAAAUGGAAUAGGUGGAUGAGUAAGUGGAAUCAGUGGAUGGCCAAUUUAUGGGACAAUUAUUUUAACACGCCAUGGGCUUUCAUUUCUUUUUUGGCUGCUAUCAUGCUGCUCCUUCUCGCCUGGACUCAAACUGUGUAUACGGUUCUUUCUUAUUAUAAAUAGAUGCCUAGUUCCUGCUUCUUCUUGUCAUGAAAAAUUGUUUUUUUUUUUUUUAAUUAUUUUUUAAAAUUACAUGUGUAUGCAGGUACUAUUAGUUCUUCGUUGUUAUUGAGUUCGUUUUCUGAAUUUAAAUGCAUGAAAGCUUGUGUAAUAAAAAUGUGCAGUUCCUAUCAUACAUGUGCUAAACAAUUCAUAAGCAGUUUCCUCUGAAAUGGGAUUGCAUUUGUUGCCUACUCCGCCUGAUGAAGUUGGAGAUUUUUUUGGGUCCAAUCUGCAGGGUAUUCAGUGGCCGCGUAUAGACAGCUCAAUUGAUUUGCUGGUUCCUUCUGGGUUCCCCCCUCCCCUGAAUCCAAAAAACAAUGCAUAAGUCAAGUCUGUUUUAUGAGCUAGUUAUGCUAUAUAAGAAUCUUGACUAACAUAACGUUUUUCCAAUGUUUUUAAAUCCCUCCCAGCUAUCAUUCUUAAGGGCAAUUCAUUGAUGUUGGUGAUACCUGCACCUGGGCAGAUCUUUUCCACAUUUUGAAUUGGUGAAAGAAAGCUCCUUAAUGUCAAUUCUUAGGUGGAACUUCAAAACAUGGAGAAGAUGAUGAGUUCUGACAAUGGUCUAAUUACAUUGGUAUCCUUUCUUUCGAAUUUUUGAGAUUAUUGCUUGUUAGGCACUCUUCAUUAUUCAUUAAAUGGUUUGCUUCUAAUGUUGAGGAUUCUGUGGGUAAAUGGGUGUGAAAUGGCCUUCUUCUGACUACUGUCUGGUGAAAAUGGUUUCAGUUAUCUUAGACAAUGGUUGACAAAAAUACUAGCAAGAUGUUCAAAAUUUUAACAGGAUUUCACUGUUGUUUUGUUUUUCCCCUAAAAUUCCAGAGUCUCUUCUUUGUUUUAUGAUAAGGUCCUUGCUACUGCUGCAGAUACUGCCAUCAGUUUCUCUUCAAAUCAGAAGAAGCAGCAGGUUACUAAACCUCGGAUUCUAGCUGGCGUCAAAGGCUUUAAAUCAGGGAAAAUAGAGCAGACAGUGUAUAUUAUUCCAACACCUCACUCCAUUUUUAGUCACGUAGAGGGCAUUUUCUCGAGGCCUCCAUUCUCUGAAUCAUCUCCAGCUGUUACAGAUAGUCAGGAAGCUGUAGAGCUUAAUAUAGGUUCACCAUAUUCCCUUCUGUCACUUAAUUUUCUCACUGAUUGAUUUAUUCAGGAAUAUAGGAGUUUAUCCCAGGCAUUUAAAUCGCAGGAUAUUACGGUCCCCCUUUAACAGUUGAAAUUGUAGCUUAUAUUUAAGUACUUGUAAUUUAGGAGUGAGUUUUCAUCAUCUAUGAUGUAAAGCAGAUGAUGUUAUCUCACAGGUUUUUCUUUUUUCGGUAAAUACUGCUGCUUCCAGCAUUUUUAUUUUUACAUUCCCUGCACAGGAGAUUUUUCAUUUCCUGUUCAGAAUCAAAACGAAAGAAUAGUGAAUUUUCAUUGUGGAGCA